AUGGCGCUUCAUGCUUCACCAACCGCGCAACCUCACGACGCGCAGGCUUCCGACGCGCAAGAACGACGCCCAAUUCCAUUUCGAUAUCUAGCCGUGGGCGCGUUUAUGAAUAUAUUCCAAGUCACCUCCCUCGGUCAACCCAUGGAGGUUCUCAAAACACAUGUAAACGACCGUAGCAUAUUUAAUUUCAAGAUCGGAUGUUUAACAAACCUGGGCUCGUGGGGGAGUGUCUGCAUACUAUCAAGGACUAAUUCCGUGGGUAUGUUGUUUACCUGGCCUCCCAAAUAUAUACUCCCGAAUCUCGGCAGAACACCGACUAAACGCAUCCAGGCCUGGCUUGAAGCCUCCACCAAAGGCGCCAUCCUCGUUCUCACAUCUAGCGAGAUCGAAUACCAUGCGCGAACAAAAUUCAGCGCCUCGCCUACGAUGUGCGGUGUGUUGGGUGGUAUCGGCGGUGGCAUCGCCCAAUCCUACUUGACGAUGGGGAUGACGACAUGUAUGAAAACCGUCGAGGUGACGCGGUCUAAGCUCAGUGUGCAAGGCGCGAAAGUGCCCGGCGCGAUGGAAACGUUCUUUAGUACUCUUCGUGAAAAGGGACUCCGUGGUGUUAAUAAGGGGGUGAAUGCGGUGGCCCUGAGACAGGUGACCGGGUGGUCGUCACGUAUUGGGAUCUCGCGGUUCGCGGAGGAGAGUAUCCGCUCCGCUACAGAGAAGAGGGAAGGCGAGAAAUUGUUGUUUGGGGAGAAGAUACUGGCGUCGACGAUUGGGGGUGCGUUGAGUUGUUGGAAUCAGCCUUUUGAGGUUCUUCGCGUGGAGAUGCAAUCGGUGAAGCAGGACUCUUCACGUCCGAUCUCUCCGACGAUGGUCUCGACGUUCCAACACAUUCUUCGGACGUCCGGUGUACGAGGCCUCUUUCGAGGCGUCGUGCCUCGAAUCGGCGUCGCAGCGUGGGCUACGAUCUGUAUGGUGGGAUUCGGCGAUACCUUGAAAGAGAUGAUUCAGAAGCGAUAG